AUGUCAAUACAUGAUCAAUAUCAGCUUGAUUCUUAUAACAACGAUAUUAUAGCUUUGUCAAAUAAAUCAAAUGUGUCAGAUAUAUCAAAAAAUCCAAAUGACCUAGACAUUGAAUCAAACUCAAGCUCACCUGAACAAUCCACAUCACAAAAUAAUGGUGUUACUGUUAUUACUAAUAGUCUGGUUGAAAAAAAAAUAUAUUGCCAAGUUCAAACAACAAAUGAAGAUGGUAACGAAG